ACCAUUCUUUGUAAACCCUAGAAAUGGUUGUGUGUGAAAAUCCCAGUAACUGAGCAGAUUGUGAAAUACUCAGACCGGCCCGUCUGGCACCAACAACCAUGCCACACUCAAAAUUGCUUAAAUCACCUUUCUUUCCCAUUCUGACAUUCAGUUUGGAGUUCAAGAGAUUGUCUUGACCAGGAACACACCCCUAAAUGCAUUGAAGCAACUGCCAUGUGAUUGGUUGAUUAGAUAAUUGCAUUAAUGAGAAAUUGAACAGGUGUUCCUAAUAAUCCUUUAGGUGAGUGUAUAUAGCAGUGCAAAAAAUUUACAUUUCACUGAGUAUAAUAGCGUCUUUAAAACUCAUGAAAGGUGAAAUGACUGUGUUUGGCACAAUCAAUCAUAGUGCUGGUAUGCAUCGAUGUGUGUGAACGCUCAGAUGUGGAAGUGUUUGUAGUUCAUAGAUGUAUCGGUUCCUCAUGGGACACGCAGUAGCGUUCUGCUUUUCAAAGGGCGUCUGUGGGGUGUUGUUGUCGUAGUAACCAGUAGCCUUCACCUGAGGGCUGCCGUGCACAAGCUCCCUCAUGAACUAAACACAGGUAGAAACGCUUGAACCCGGACCGACACAUUCAGACACACACUCAGCAUGGACACAAUGAAGAGCUCUUCACAGCCCUCUUACAGCCGAUGGUCAUACAGACCCUCAAGUUCAUCCAGCUUCGCAUCCACAGCCAUGACCAGCACAUUAGAGGACGACAGUCUGAGCCUCAGACAGCAGAAGCUGGAGAAACAGAGGGCGCUGUUGGAGCAGAAACAGAGGAGGAAACGUCAAGAACCACUAAUGGUGCAGCCCAAUCCAGAGGGUCGUCCACGGCGCUCGCGACCCCGCCGCAGUGAGGAGCAGGCGCCCCUCGUAGAGCCCCACGUCAAUACGGCCAGUGACAUCAUCUUAGACGGUAUUGAUGGGCCUGCGUCAUUGCUGAGUUCAGAGGGUCCAGAUCUGGGCAGUAAAAUCCAGGUUCUGUCAGUCGGUCCACCACCGCAGCUGUCGCUCCCAACCACAGAAGAGCCCGAGACAGACGCCGAUACUGAAACUCUGCUCGAACCCAAAACAGACAUACACACACUGCUGCAGAGACGCGGACUCUCUGCCAGCAUGAACUAUGAUGAGGCGAGCGAGGAUGAUGAAGAUGAAGAUAGAAGCCGCUCUCUCUCACCGCAUACUGAAAGCACAAGGCCCGCGUCUGCGUCCAGCACUCAAUCCACCACGGAGUGCGUUCCUCUAAAUUCCCCGUCCGCUGAGGGCACCUCCAUUGAGGUGGAUAAUCUGGAGGAGUUUGUGCUCCGUCCAGCACCACGAGGAGUCACGGUGAAGUGUCGCAUCUCGCGGGAUAAGAAGGGCAUGGACCGCGGCCUCUACCCUACAUACUUCAUGCACCUCGAGAGGGAAGACGGCAAGAAGGUGUUUUUAUUGGCUGGACGGAAGAGGAAAAAGAGCAAAACAUCAAACUAUCUGAUCUCAGUAGAUGCCACAGAUCUGUCUCGUGAGGGCGAGAGCUUUAUAGGAAAACUGAGGUCUAAUCUGAUGGGAACUAAGUUCACUGUCUAUGAUAACGGCACCAACCCUACGAAAAACCCAGGAGCUCUGCUGGAAGAAAACAACACACGACAGGAGCUCGCUGCUAUCUGCUACGAGACUAAUGUUCUUGGAUUUAAGGGCCCGCGAAAGAUGACUGUGAUUAUUCCUGGCAUGAACAUGAAUUUUGAACGGGUUCCGGUUCGACCCGCAUGCGAUCAGGAGUCUCUGCUGAAUAAAUGGCAGAAUCAUUCGCUGGAGAAUCUGAUAGAGCUACACAAUAAAGCCCCGGUGUGGAACGACGACACGCAGUCUUACGUGCUGAACUUUCAUGGCAGGGUCACGCAGGCCUCCGUCAAGAACUUUCAGAUUGUCCACGACAACGACCCUGACUACAUUGUGAUGCAGUUUGGUCGGGUGGCAGAAGACAUCUUCACUCUGGACUUUAACUACCCCAUGUGUGCUCUGCAAGCCUUUGCUAUCGGCCUGUCCAGCUUUGACAGCAAGCUUGCCUGCGAAUGACCUGUGACCUUUUAAAAGCCCAACACGUCUCUACAUAAAACACACACCUCUUCCACUCCGGGGCACAAGAGCACGAUUCAUCCCUGCGGACGGCAGGUGAACAGAGGAUUUGUGCUUCAACAUCACAAAGUAGAGAAAUGAGAAGCUGAAGUAUGUUUUGAAAUCAUGUCGUUCGAGUUAUUGUUGUGGAUGAUCGUUACACCAUAAACGAAUGCUUUAAUGGACCAAUAGAAAGAAACAAAGGAUAUUCUUUCUUAAACUAAGAGACUUUAGAUUUUCAGUUUAUCUCCUUUGGUGUUUUGUGUGUUAAAAAUGUCAUUGUUAUCAUAAAAUUGUCAAUAACA